AUGGUUGUUUUCGACGCAACUGCGAGCAGUGAGGAAGUCACCAGUGCUUUUUCCCACGAGAUCAAGGGUCGCACAUUUCUGAUCACCGGAGCCGGCCAGCCCAGCAUUGGCAGUAAGAUGGCCACUUCUCUGGCCAAGUUUGGCCCGGCACAUAUCCUCAUCGCCUCACGAACAGCCAAGAAAGUGGAGCCGGUGCUCGAGGAAAUCAAUUCCUUCGACUCGUCCGUGAAAACUACCUUCGUGCAGGUCGAUCUGUCCGACCAUGACUCCGUGCGUCACGCCGCCAAAGAGAUCCUGGCCGCGGCGCCCAAGAUCAACGUCCUCAUCAACAGUGCGGGGAACAUGGCACUGAAGGAAUUCACUGUCGACAAACAGGGCAUUGAGCUGCAGUUGUCAGGAAAUCAUGUCGGUCAUUUUCUUCUCACGAACUUGCUCGUUCCCGCUCUGGUCGCAGGAGCGGCCGAGGCCGGUAAUGCUCGCGUCGUAAAUCUCACGAGCUCGGGAUAUCUGAUCAGUCCGGUACGUUUCGAGGACUGGAACUACUCUGGCGGCAUGGAUUAUGAUCCUUGGACUGGAUAUGGGCAGGCAAAGUCCGCGAAUAUCUUGUUUGCGUACGGCCUGACCAAGAAGCUUAGGGCUCGCGGCAUCACGGCGGCAGCAGCGCACCCUGGCUACAACGGUGACACGGAGCUGGGUGCCCACCUAACAUGGGACGACUAUGUCGGGAUAUUCCCAGCCACGAAAAAGAACACCGGGCGGGACUUCGAGUUUGAGGAGCCUCGAUUCAAAAACUAUACACAGAUUGCCGCUACCCCCCUGAUCGCUGCGCUCGACCCCGAGCUACCUGCCAAAUCUCCUGUUUAUUUGCAAAACAGCCAGGCCACAGAGCCAGGGGCAGACUACGUCCGAGAUGAUGAGAGCAUUGAAAAGCUCUGGAAACUCAGCGAGCAACUUGUUGGCGAGAAAUUUGAGUAUUGA